CUAUUAUUGUUUUGAAUUUGAAAUAUUCAAACUUCAAUGUUCCUUGCAAAAACUUCAAGUUUCCGACAAAAAUUACGAUGUUUGAAGGCUUCCUUAGAGUGAAAUACGUGAGCUUUAAAAACUGCUUUGUCUAUUUAUGCCCCGAACAUAAAUACGUUAAUACUGGGGUCUGUAUUAAAAUAAUAAGCAAUAACAGAGAGUUUUACUUCUCUGCGAGCGUUAUUAGGGCCCUAGUGGACGAGGAGAGUAUAGGGAUCAAUUCGAGCUAUGCUAAAGUUUUGGGUAUUAGAGAGGGCGAGUUUGUCAAUGUGGUUCAACUCGAACAGUUACCUGUGGUGAAUAGCAUUAGUGUUAGACCAUUUAAUAAGCCUGACUAUGAAUUAUUGGAGAUAUUGUCCAUGCACAUCCAAUCCAACCUGCUGGACCAAGUAAGGGUGGUAAACUCACAACAAGAGUUAAUAAUUUGGACUGGAAACCUCUCUGUUACUGUACUGGUUGAAAAUGUACAGCCAAUUUCCCCAGGAACUUUAGACUUUCUAACAGAAGUUAUCAUAAAACCGCCUGAAAGCAACAGCUUUGCAGUUAAAGAAGCAAACUCUCAUAAAAUACCUUUGAAGGAAGCCCAUAUGAAGCUUAUAGAGUAUUUGCAUAGCAGUUUUCCUUUACCUCAACCAUCAAGCAGUGCCAAUGAGAUUGCCAAAGAAUUAUAUUGUAGAGUGCUACCACUUUCAAAGUUGCCUUCUAAAUUUACAUCUAAUAAUCCACUAUUACCCCCAUUUAAUGCAUAUAUUUGUGGCUUCGAUAGUAUAUCAUUCCACUUUAAAACCCAAUUUUGCAGUAUAUCACCGAUAAAUUCUCCUGAACAUAAAAAGCUCUACAUCAAACUGACCUCUUUGGAGGACCAGCUGGAGAGUUGUAGAGGGACACUGAUAUUUAUAGAUGAUUCCUUAUUUUCUCACCUGAACUGUGAUUUUGGUGCUAGAGUGGUCCUGACAGAAAUCACUCAAAAACCACGCGUAGAAGAAAUCGAGGUGCACAGUAAAAGGAACCACUUGUCAAAAAUAGUGAAUGUGCUAAAGAAGUACUUGGCGAACCACUGCGAGGAACCGCAGAUCUUUAAUGCGGGAUUCCCGAUACACCUUGACAAAAAGUGGUUCUGCUCCUUGAAAUUUCUACCAAAUAAUGACGAUUUUUGUAUCAUAGAUGAGCAUUUAUUGAGGGAGGUUUGUUAUAGUGUCGUCGAUGAUCCCGUUAAACCUGCUAAAGAUAAUUUAAGGAACGAGCCGCAGAUGGGGUUUUGUAAAAAUAUGGCAAAUAUCAUGAAAGUCUGUGGUAAUUUGGUGGAGGUUUAUUUUAGGAAAAAUAGAUUUGUACCUGAAAAUGUUCUUAUAAGUGGUAACUCUGGCACGGGAAAGUCAUCAGUUUUAACUCACAUCGGCGAAAUUUUAAAAUGCCACCCGUACUUCGUAAAUUCCGAAAAAAUCUCCUGCAAAAAAAUCAAAGGUAAAACAGUGGACUCCCUACACAAACUUUUCACUGAGAUCUUCGUCAAGUUGAUCCUCACCCAACCCUCUGUGCUGAUAUUGGACGAUUUACAUGUUUUAUGUGAAAGAAAUGACGGGGAGGAAAGUCCGAAUACUGUAUAUGUUAAUAGGGUCAGUGAAAUGUUAUCAUCAUUAUUCUGCAGUGUUUUAAAGCACAAUUCUAUAGGGAUCCUAGCCACGACGGAGUCACUUGAAAAAUUAAAUAAAUCCAUUUAUAAGUCGAGAGGAAACCACUUGUUUAAAAAUGUUUUUGAUAUUGGAAACUUGUCUAAGAUUGACAGGGCUGUAUUUUUAAAACAUUUAUUCGAAGAGGACCCCCUGGACGAAAACGUCGAUUUUGAAAGUCUCGCAGUAAAAACCGACGGAUUUGCUAUACAAGACAUCAAGGAUUUCCACGACAAAACCGUAUUUGAAGCUCAUAAAGAAAAUCCCCAACAGGCAUUAAUCAGCCAACAACAUUGCGAGUGCGCCCUAAAAAAAUCCUGCGCCCUAUCCUUACAAAACGUCAUAUUCCAUCCGGAGGGCACCAAAACCUUCAACGACAUCGGGGGUCUGCACAACGUUAAAAACACCUUGAUAGAGUCGGUACUUUGGCCCGUGAAGUUUCCGACAAUUUUCGAAAAUUCCCCGUUAAGAUUGCAGUCGGGGGUGCUGCUUUAUGGCCCCCCGGGUACAGGGAAAACCCUUUUGGCAGGUGCGGCGGCCAAACAGUUCAAUUUGAGGUUAAUUUCUAUUAAAGGGCCCGAGUUGUUAAGUAAAUACAUUGGGGCAAGUGAGCAGGCCGUGAGGGACGUUUUUGAAAAGGCUCAAAGGGCGAAACCCUGUAUCCUGUUUUUCGAUGAGUUUGACAGUUUAGCUCCCAGGCGCGGUCACGACAAUACAGGAGUGACAGAUCGGGUGGUGAAUCAACUCUUGACGCAACUAGAUGGCGUUGAGGCGCUAACGGGAGUCUGCGUGCUCGCCGCGACCUCUAGGCCGGACCUUUUGGAUCCUGCCCUUUUACGGCCUGGAAGGUUGGAUAAGCAAUUGUUUUGUCCGAUGCCUGAUAAAGCUGAUCGUUUAGAAAUCCUAACAAUCUUAUCAGGCAGCUUAAGUUUAGCUACGGAUGUCAAUUUGGAUCAGAUCGCCGUGAUGACCGAGGGAUUUUCGGGAGCUGAUCUGCAGUCGCUUUUGUAUACGGUUAAAAUUGGCGGCUUGAGUAAGGAACCAAGAGCACCAGGUUUUACUACGCAAUUAGAUCUUUUGGACGCAUUAGAUGUAACUAGGCCCUCGUUGACACAAACUGAUAAAGCCAAAUAUGAUAAAAUAUAUGCCAAAUUUCAAGGUGCCAUUUCGGAAGAGUUCCAAACAGGAUCAAAAGUGACUUUGGCUUAGGUGAUGUUUGUUAGUGUUUUUUUGUGGACGUAUUUGUUAUUUUUAUAAAGAAUUUGUUUGUUAUUUUGUUA